AAUAAAGGCAAAACUAUCAUCAUAGACGGGAGGGAUGCACUUAAAUACACACAUCUUCUGUAUACACCCGGACCUUCCCUAUGGUUCCAGCAAUGGCAGUUCGCUUAAGGAUUAGUCAUUCUGCAUUGUAUUCUUCGUCGGUUCCUCCAGCUGGGCUUUUAACGCUUCAUUUUAAAACCACAAAUAACUGCCAUGGAAACUGCUUGGGCUUUAAUAAUGGAAAAUUAAUUUUUGGUGCUGCAUUACAGAGCCUUAUGGUGGUAAGGUGCGCUUCUACUUUGGCCCAGCCAGGAAAAAAUUCUCAUGCGGUUUCUGAAAUACCCAAUGAAUAUGGGCGCUUAUCUUCUCCAACAGACCAACAUUGGAAUCCCAUAACAGCGACCCGAGAUAAAGAUGGUCGAUUCAGGAGCCCUCGAGCUGCAAGGGAACUUGCAUUAUUGAUACUCUAUGAAGCUUGCGUGGAAGGCUCAGGCCCGCUGAGACUAUUGGAGAGGCGAAUGAAUAUGAGAAACGAUUGGGCUGUACAAUUUGACAAAACUUCAUUAGAGUAUUAUGAUCAUAUGCAUUUUAGUGGGAGUCCCAUAGUUGUUGAAACCAAGGAACAAGCUAGAGUGUAUGAAAUGAAGCAAGAGGAGGAAACUUCAAAAGAAGCAGAUGUCCUUGCUGCUCCUCUCAAUUUGGUAUACAACAAGUUCGUUUUAAGUAUGACAAGGAACAUUUUGGAAGCAGUUGUUGAAAGAUGGGAUCAACAAGUUACGAUAUUGAAUGAAAUUAUUCCAAACAGAUGGAAGGACGAAUCAGCUGGGAGGAUUUUAGAUCUAUGUCUUCUACACAUAGCCAUGGCAGAGAUGUUAGUUCUAGGAACAAAGCACCAAGUUGUCAUUAAUGAGGCAGUUGACUUGGCCAAACGAUUUUGUGAUGGUGCUGCACCUCGUAUCAUUAAUGGCUGUCUUACAAGUUUUAUUGAGAAAGAGAAUUUAAGGAGAAAAGUUCCUUCUCAGAAUCAAGAAGAUCCUUAAACAUAAAAUUUGAUUGUAGACACAAGGUGAUGAAGUGCAUGGCAGAGCAUGAAAGAAAGAUUAAGAAAUAUGUACACAAGGAGGGAAUCAGCAGUGGCUGGUCUGGGGUCUAUCAGUAAUAUCUCAAUAUAUAAGGAAUGCUGGAACUGGAAUACCAAGUUUAUCUUUUUCAAAGCUCCAAGCUCUCAAAACAACGUGCAUUGAAUCCAAUAUGUUGUAUGAUAUAGUUUAGGCUGAAAAAUGUUGUGUAGUGUGAAUUAUUUUGCUGCAGUAAGUUGUCUAUUAUCCUCACGGGGCACCAAAGGAUUACUAAGUUUUAAUCACUUCCGUUAAGUAUAUAUAUUUACAUUUUAAUAUGUUUUCCACUACUGCGUAGGGCUAAUGUGACUUCGUCCAUCAUAAAAAGAGGCGGUGCAGAAAUGAUUGUAAUGAAAUAAAUAUACAGAAAUUACCUGUGUUAAUGAGUGAUUGACGGAUUUAUGAUGUGAACAAGGACUUUUUAUAAGGUGCAUAUGAGGCUUUCAUCUUUA